CAUUAUUUCGUGUUGCUUUCUUGAGUUGCCUUGCUGAAAAUAGACUCGAACCGCUGGUAAAAGCUAUACUAGAAAGGGUCUGGUAUCCUGACUUCCUGCCUACCAAUCUUCGAAAAAAUAUGCUACAGGCUGUGCUACCAACGGCGCUGCUCCUGUCCACGCUCUUCAGCGGCCACAUUCUAGCAUUUGAUCGGAUACCCCCUGGGCACAAAUAUGAAGUGGUCUUUCCCAGGAAACUUCACUUUCAGCACAAAAGAGAUACUCAGAGCAAAUAUCCCAACACAGUACAAUACGAGGUGCAGCUGGAAGGAGAACCGCUGGUUUUGAAGCUGGAGAAGACAGAAGAUCUUAUAUCAGAGGAUUACACUGAGACGCAGUACCUGCCAGACGGGACACCUAAGGAAACCAGCCCAGAGAUCCAGGAUCACUGCUAUUAUCAGGGAGGUGUGGAGAAUGACAGCAGCUCUUUAGUUAGCAUUAGCACAUGCAAUGGAUUAAGUGGGAUUAUCCAAACACGAGGCCGCAGGUACUUGAUUGAACCCCUGAAGCAGACUGACAGCGAGGAGCAUGCAGUGUUUCCAUACCAGGCUCAGGAGUCUACUCCAAGGACUUGCGGGGUGACUAAUACCACCUACAUGGAAGGCAAUUUCAGCAAGACAUCUUUUUCCACCAACAAUGAAGAGAGAAAGGAAUUUUUAAAAUCAAAGAAAUUUAUCCAGCUGUACAUGGUAGCAGAUAACUCCAUGUUCAAUAAAUAUAGCCGCAGUACUGAAAACGUUAGAAGAAGGAUAUUCGAAAUUGUAAAUUUUGUCAAUGUGGUGUACAAGCAAAUGAAUAUUUUUGUGGCUCUGACGGGAAUCGAAGUCUGGGACAGAACUGAUAAAUUUACAGUGGUCAGCUCUGCCAAUGAGGAUCUGAGGAUGUUCUCUGAAUGGAGGAAAAAUGACCUUCUGCCUAGGAAAGCACAUGACAACGCUCAGUUCAUCACGAACACUGACUUUGAUGGUGCUACGGUGGGUCUGGCGUAUGUUGGUACAUUGUGCAGUUCCACACUUUCUACUGGUGUUAUCCAGGAUCACAGCCAACAGUCUAUUUCUAUAGGGGCCACUGUAGCACAUGAGAUGGGACACAAUCUGGGAAUGAAUCAUGAUGAGGAACCUCACUGUACUUGCUCAUCUGGGUCCUGUAUAAUGGAGCCUUCUCUCAGUUUUAACACCCCACGUGAAUUCAGUCUGUGCAGUCACCAGAACUACCAGGAUUUUAUUUUGCAAAAAAUGCCACUGUGUAUGACGGAUAAGCCACAGAAAACAGAGAUCCAGACGCCUCCUUUGUGUGGAAAUAAAUUCACUGAGCUGGGCGAGGAAUGUGAUUGUGGAACAGUUGAGGAAUGCACUAAUCCAUGCUGUGAUGCUUUCACCUGCAAACUGAAGUCUGAGGCUCAGUGUGCUGAGGGGCAAUGCUGCAGCAAAUGUCAGUGGACGAAAGCAGGGACGGUGUGCAGAGACAGCAAAGGUGAUUGUGACCUGACAGAAAUGUGUGAUGGCCAGUCGGCUGAAUGUCCCUCUGACCGCUUCCGAGUCAAUGGCUUCCCCUGUAUAAAUGGAGAAGGAUACUGCUAUAAUGGAAUAUGUCCAACUCUGCAGGGCAUGUGCUCUGUACUCUGGGGACCAGAUUCAGUUGUUGCAGACGAUUCAUGCUUUAAUUACAAUCUGAGGGGCCUUAGCUAUGCAUUCUGCCUGGAUUCCCGGGGCAACAAUAUCCCAUGCAAGCCAAGGGAUAUCAAGUGUGGGACGUUACACUGCUCUGGAGGCUCCGAAAGACCCAUUUCAGGUGGUUAUUACACUAUCGGAGAAUGCAAAACUACAUGGAGUCCAACAUUUAUAGCUCUGAAUGGGACAAAGUGCGGUGAGAACAUGGUCUGCUACAGAGGAGAAUGUACAAGCACUGAAUCAGCUUUUGGGUCAUCAGACUGUGAUUCCAAGUGUCCAAAAAAUAUGGUCUGUGACCAUGAGAAUCAGUGUCAGUGUGAGAAAGGCUGGGCCCCUCCAGACUGUUCAACAAACACAUCAACAAAUAGGAUCAUUAUUGCGGUGGUCGCUCUCUGCGUGGCCAUUAUUUUCAUCCUGUUGGUCGUAUGGUUCAAAUGGUCCAAACACCGAAAACAGAGGAGUUCUCAUACUAGAAUCACUGGAGCUGUAAAUCCUGCAUUCAUUGUUAGAGAGAAACCACGGGGACCCGCUGGCUCAAAUGCAGCCACACCACAGAGACCCAUGAAUGCUCCUCCACCACAGCCACUAUACCCUCCAGCCAAUUUCCAGAGACCCAUGAAUGCUCCUCCACCACAGCCACUGUACCCUCCAGCCAAUCUCCAGGCUUUUCAGAGGCCAGUCAAUGCUCCACCACCUUUACCCACAAGCAAGCCAGUGUUUCCCAGUGUCCCACCUCAGGCCUGGAAGCCCAACUACAGGAAUUAACAUGGAUCCACUGCGAGACCAGGAAGGGCGUCUGUUUUACUGAAAUUUUCUUUAAUUUCUAUGUAUUUAUAUUCCAAAGUAGGGAUGCACCGAAUUCAAGAUUCGGAUCAGGAUUGGGCCAGGAUUUGGCCCUUUUCAGCAGGAUUUGGCCAAAUCCCCAUGCCUGGCCUAACUGAAUCCUAAUUUGCAUAUGCAAAUUAG